UUGAAACUGGGACAGGAACCAACCGGGUCUGACCCAACUUCACUGACACACGAGAGAUAAGGCGAGGCGUCCGGACCUCUGCGGCCAAAAGAGGCUCCUGUUGUGCUGCCUCACUUCAUUGUGUUCCUCUCGAAGUUAUCUGAGCCCCGAAGGCUUGGAGUAGCAAAGCGAGAGGACAUGAGACGCCACCUCUUUAGCCGCUGGGAUCUCGGCUUUCUCCUCCGCUGCCCGACGUCUCGGCCCCCAGGAAACUCAUUUCAGACACCCAAAGGCUCAGGUGUGAGGGCUCUACUGAGAACAUUCUCACCCCGGACCUUUUGUUCCGUUAACAUGGUUUUAGACCGUAUUUGACUUUUAGUUUUAACACCUCCUCACAGCCUGCAGGAGUGCUUUUGUAAAGCGUGAGAAAGGGAGAUGAACGAGACAUCUUCCACCGUCCUUUUUCUCUUUUAAUAAUAAAAAAAAAAAAUCCCGUCUAUUCAGACUGGAUAGAGUGGAGCCACGGCGCUGGUAUCCUCCCCGUCCCGCUGUCACGCCCAAUGACUCGCUGCUCACCGGUGAAUGGGAGCGUGACCCAGCACAUUGUGUCCCCAACACUUUCUCACCCACUGACUCCAGCGAGGCUGAAAUCUUACACCUGCAACUAGAGACCUUUGGGCUUUCUUACCGUGGUCACAAUGGCUGAAGAAGAAGAAGUCUCGCAUCAAGUUUGGCUUUUGUGUUUUCUAGUCCGUGAAUAUUUGGGCGGGACAUUUUUAGGAUGUACUCCACCUUCUCUGUACUUUAAUGGGUAUGAUCGUGUGCGUAGAGGCAGUUAUUUCUUGAAGGAUGAUUUCACAGACGUUUUGGAAUGAAUAUCUUUCUGUAAUUCUGUCCUUAUUUCCUCAGGAGUUGUGCGUGAGAUGGCUCACAAAUCCGACAGCCAGCUGAUGUCCAUCUCCACCACCAGACUCGGCCCUCGGCACCAUCUCUGGCCUCUGGUGUGUGAAGACAUCCAGGCAGACGUGGAGGAGGGCCAGCUGCAGUUUUUCUACAUUCUGGCUUUUGUUCUGCAAGGGGACAUGUGGGUGCCGCUGACCGUCCUGGCGACCCGGGAGACCCUGCACCUGCUGCGCGAGGAUCACCAGUGGAGGAAAAGCGGCAGCGGGCCGACGGGGAAUGAGAGCCAGGAGCCCCACAGCGGCGGCGUGUCCGUCCUGGAGACGCUGCCCAUCAGCUGCGUCAGCGCGGUGCAGCUGUGGCCUUCUGACCAGUGCAGGAUGGACAUCAUGCUCUACGACGAGACGCUGAAGCAGGAGAAGACGUGGUGCGUGCGCUCCGAGAGCGGCGAGCUGCUCCAGGGUCUGCUGGCCUGGGUCAGAGCCCAGUGGGAGGCGAUGUUCGGAGUGAAACUGCACACGAGCCCCCACCCGGGGGUCAGGGAAUGAAAACGACUCCCGUGUGCUUCACGGACAUGAAGCGUCUGCACUCCGCUCCCAUCACGGGGAGGACGGCGCCCAUUCACGUGGCACUCAGGGCGGUAAAAGCACUGGUUGCGUAAUCCUUCAUCCUCCAGAUGACCUGCUUGGGGGG